CGACAGUUCGCCGGCAUCGCUCGCACGUUUCCGCCGUUUCUUCCGAUAGAUCCCGAAAAUUUCUGACAUAAAAAGGAUAAAUAUUCUCAAGAGCUAGGGGGAAAUCUAUCUACACCCUUACUCAAGCGUCACCGGAUAUUGGUAACUAUGGCAACGACCGUCGCGACAGAUGGACAGCCGACAUAGAAGGCAUAAUUAUGGUACCUGCAAUUUAAAGUCAUGGAGAGGGUAUCAUCGAUGCAGGAUUUCGAGUAGUUAAAAUGCCGAGUACCAUCCACUGGCCACGGAUGAAUCAUUAUGCACGUUGACCAGGACUGGCACAAUGUGGUCAAAAUUACGUGCGUUGGGUUUUUAGCCGUACUUGGAGCUUUUUUAAACAUUGUUGUACUAGUUAUGUUCUACAAGAAGCCUUCACUCAGAUCUCCAUCAAACAGAUUCGUCGGUAGUUUAAUUGCUUCCGAUUUGCUGUCAUCGACCGUCCUCGGUCCUUUACUGGUAUCCGGUAUAAAGACCAUCAAUAAAGCUCUGAUCGUAUUCGUGGCAACAUCUACAAUAUUUUCAAUACUGGUCAUAGCAAUGGACAGAUACACAGCAGUUCUCAGCCCUCUCCAUUACGCGACAAAUGUCACUAGGCAAAAAAGCGUUUUAGUCAUAGGUACGGUUUGGAGCAUAUCAGCUGCGUUGGCGUCACCGAUGUUAUUCAAGGACUUGUUGAUAUACGAACAGUUUCCCGUGGCGAUGUUGGAAAAAACACACGGUCUGGUUUUGUUACUGAUCGCCUUCAUAGCUCCCUGUGCUGCUCUUAUUUUGGUGUACUUCAAAAUGUACGUGGCGGCUCACAGGAACAGUCUGCGGACGCGCAAGCACAGCGUGUGCACGGAACCGGACCUGUCGCGGCGCAACUCGAACGCCAUUUUCUCGGCGCUGCUGUUCCGAGAGGAGAGCCGGGCCAUGAAGACGUCCAUGAUGGUGCUGUCCACGUACCUGUUCAGCUGGACGCCGCUGUUCGUGCACGUGUCCAUCGUCCAGCUACCGGACGAGGUGGUGUACACGUGCGCCCUGUCCGCGGCCACGCUCAACCCGCUCGUGUACGUGUUCCGUAACGACGCGUUCCGCAAGGAGAUGCUGCGUGUGGUGUGCAGCCGCAAGCGGUUGCGCGAGUCGGCCGCGGCCAAGGCGGCCACUGACCACCAACAGCACCGGCUCAUGACGGCCCACCAGGCCGACAGCGUGUCGGUGCACAGUUUCCGCAUGUCGUCAGUCGAGUGCCAACACUCGUUCGACUCGGUCACGCCGCCGCCCGCCGACUUUGUCGCCACGUACAACCCGAUAAACGGAUCAGAGCGGUGUACGCGAUACGAGAGCGUUACGUUCCGGUUGGCCCAGCGCCGUUGCCAAUACUGCAGCAGACAGAGUUCGGACUCGUCGUUGAGCAGUAACUAUCCAUUGCUGGUCAACAAAAACCGUUCGUCGAGUGAGCCAAACACGCCGAAACAUCAUAACAACAACGAAAACCGAAUCGUCAUGUUUAAGGUAUCGGAGGUGGAAACCAAAAGGAAUAAACUUCAAAGGAUGAUGGCGAUAGACACCGAUUGUCCAUCGACUCGAGUCUAAUAGUAAUAAUAUUAUGUGAUCGAAACGCGAGCUAGAGCUCAGCUGGUCCUACGCCGCCGCCGCCGAUGCACUGCAGUCAACGUCAACUACGUUUGUCAAAGGAUAUAUAUAGUCUAUAGAGUAAUAUUUAUGAUUAUUGUCGCAUAUAUUAUAUAAUAUUAUUAUUAUUAUCGUUAUGUUCCACAUUGGAAUCCGAAUGUAUCAAAUUAUAAUAUAUCAUCAUCGACGUGUGGUUAGGUCCCAUCCAUUCACCCUUCCCCAUACGCUGCAAUUGCCAAAGAAAAUUAAUUUAGUCAUAUUAUGUCAAUUCGCGUGACGGAAAAAAUGUCAGUGAUUUGAAAGACACCCGAAAAUAUAUUAUUAUACUGAUAAGACUGGUUGUUAUACGAACUACGAUCUAUAACAUUAUGAUAAAAUGAUGUCCUUUUGUGCACGUGCAACCGAAACGGUCCACUGCCUUUAAUAAGCUGCGAUGUCGUGUGUGCUGGGAGAAUUCUUUUCCCCGGUGAAAUCCGUUCCAACCUAAGGUCCAUACAACGUCGGAAUAAUUAAGUUUGGUUUUUCCUCUUCGAAACGAUUUAUUUUUAUUUUGGACGAAUAAAAUGUUAUUAUAUGCUCUGAAAAACCGUUCCAGCCGGCGCCCUGGUUUUAUUCAAACGGCCACCCUAGGCCGUGUAUUAUUAUUGAUCUAUCAAGUACGGUUGAAUAGCCGACCAAUCACAAUAACGUUAUUAAAAAAUGUAUCUUAGUUUAACAAUUUUAACAAUUUAACAUUGAAUGAAAAUAAAUAAAUCUAUUCGAAAUCUCAUCGUACAGCUUCAAAAUAUUGUCAACGAAUAAGGGAAUCAUGGGUUUUUAGGUUUUCAGUUCAGUCCACAAGUAAUAUAAUCGCAUUAGUUGUUAUUAAGUUAUCGGGAAAAUAUUUUAGAAAUACUUUUAUAUGGAGACACCUGCAGCAGAAUCGUCCUUUACACGUAGGUACGGCAAAUUUCUAUAUUAUUAUUGUUUCGUAUCCAUAGUGUGAUACUUAUAUCGUGUGUAAGCGUUAGUGCUUUGAAACCUGAGUUGAAUUUAUAGUGUUUAACCUGGUUCAAUAUCGCUUCUCGUGAAAUGAAAAUAAAGAUUGAAGAGAAAAAGCUCAUAUUGUUGUUAAUUUUGCAUACGAUUAAUUUUGUUUUGAAAACCAUGAUCGCCUAUUAUUUUUUGGUAUAAAUUGUUAGCAAAGUGAAACAAUAUUUAUUGUUACAACGCUUUUAAAGUAGCCUCAACCCAUUUUUUGGUCAACAUACAGUUUUUAAUGUUCCGAAACAACAACAAUGAAAGUAUUUGAAAAUAUUUUACAAAAACGACGUUUAGGGGUUAAAAUAUUCUCCGAAUAAUAAUAUCCCACGAAUAAUGCUUAAUAUGUUUAUACUAUUAUUAUAUGGUACCUACCUAUUUAAUAGUUAUUUUUUAUUACUAUUAAAGUUGAUGCCUCAAUAACAGGGCCAUUGGCUUGUAUUACAUACUUAAAUUACUCAAACUAAAUUGUACAAUUUAAUAUAUUUCAUAAAUAAUAAAAAAAUGUUAACUGUGUCUUCGGUGGUGCCUAGUGCGUCUUGGGUAUGUCGAAUUUUUGUCGGGUCUCUUGUGUGUUUCUACAUUCUGUGAUACUCUGGUUGAUAGAAGUUUGGAAGCCGAAUGUUUGGCAUGUUUUCGGUGGCUCUUAAUAGUUAUGAAUCAUAAUAUAACUAAACAAUAACAUGAUAUAACAUACAAGUGUAAAAUCUACAACAGUUUAAUGAUAAUUUUAUAAUGUGAUCGAUAGUUUGAUUUGUCUUCAAUUAUUAAUUUUCUUCCAUGAAUUUUUAACGAUCCCAUAAAGUACGAUCACGGUUCAUUGUCUACAUCGACUUAUAGAUAAUUAUAUAAUUUCAUAAUAUACGACGAACAAUAAAUAGCUAUAAACAUAAUAUUUUUUUAUGAUUAAAAAGACAAUAUGUUUUACGUUCACUAUUAUUAUAUUUAUUUAUUUUUGAAAUGUAUUUAUUUAUUUUUUAAAACAUUAUGAUGGUAUUAUGAAAUUACCAAAUCAAAUAAUAAUUUAAAUUCAAAUGUUAUCGUAUAAUAGUUUUAUUACAUAAUAUUAUUUCUUUUGUUAUCCAAUAUUUAAUUGAAUUUUUUUUGUUUGAAACAUGUUUCACAUUAGGUAUCGUUUUAUAUAAACAGCCGAAGAAUAAAUAAUAUUAUAUUUUUAUCAUAAACGAAAAUUGUAAUAUUUCAUCGUAUUCAAUAAUUUAUACAUAUAUAUAUUAAAUAUGAUGUAUGUAUUUAAUUGUGUGUGUAUACAAUUUUAAAUUAAUAGCUAGACAAAGCAUAAAUAAAUUAUUAUAGUUAAUCUAUUCAUUAACAUAAAAAUAUUAAAAAGUAUAAAAUAUAAAGUCUAAAAUUGGUUUUACUACCUACUUAAUUAACAUAUUAUUUUCAGUCAUGCUGUUUUAAAAGUAAAAAAAUGUAUUCUAUUACGUUAAUUUUGUUAUAAUUUUAUAAAUCAAUGAAAACGAACAUUUUUACGCGUAAGUUGUAUAGAACAGAUAAUCUGAUUUGCAUUGAGUAGUAUGAUUUAGGCGGUUCAAACACACACUAGUCCCUAGUCCCUAGUCCAUGCGAGUCAAUGCCGGGCCGUGCCGUUCCCCUCGCAUACGUGCCCGGCCGUGCCCCCUCCCCCUCUCAUCUAAAAAAAACAAAUAUACUCAAUAUGAUUUAGUUAAAAUUGAAAAAACAGUCAAAUCUAAUAUACUCAAUAUUAUUUGGUUUAAAAUAUAUAAUAUACCGAUAUUUAAAAUCGGAUAUAGAAUACAAACGUUUUCAAAUAAUACAUUAGUUAAUUUUAGCUUAUAGAAAGCUGGUAACUGAUUAUCAAUAUAUAUAUAUAUAACAUAAAUAAGUAAUUAUUGACGAUACCUCAUUAUUUUCUUCCGAUGUGAAAUAUGAAAGUGUACGUGAUUAUCGAUGUCAGCUAUUAACUCUAUAACAAUUUAAAGGUUU